AUGCCCUCCGCAAAGCUCGCGGACUUCGGUCUGUCGCUCGCGCUGCGACCGUGGCAGCGCGUGGUGGGGUACGCGGGAAGCUUCCCGUACGAGGCGCCCGAGGUGCUGGCUAAUAAAGCGUACGACCAAUCAGCGGACAUCUUCAGCCUCGGCGUGACACUCUACGCGAUGCUGUCGGGCACGUGGCCCGCCUUCCACCGCUCGCGAUGCCUCGACGACGCGGUCGACUGGGAGUUACCAUGCUGGCGAAAGGUUUCGGAGGUGGCGAAGGAUUUGAUUCGGUGGAUGGUGUCGCCGCUCCCGCACAUGCGCCCGUCCGUGGACGAGGUGCUUGCGCACCCCUGGUUCGCGCUCCCCGUCGGCUUCCCCGCGCAACCCGCGAGCCCCCGCAGCGUCGUCCGCACCUUCCGCACCUGGCGGCGCGAGCGGUCGCUGAAGCAGGAAGAGGAGAGGCAGGCGGCUCAAAAGGAGGCUUCGCAGAAGGUUCGUCCGGUCGAAGAAGUUGCGCGCAGCGCGCAUGACGCUGGCGCUUGUCGCGGCGACCAUCGCGGCGAUGCUUCCAAGGCCGGACGCGUGGACAUUAUUGGUUAUCAGCGGCCCGUGCUUUGGGCAGGCGGACAGGCAGUUGGGCAGGUGAACGGGCAGCUAGGGCAGGCGCAUGGGCAGUUUGCCGACAGCAGCAGAGAUCUGAUCCUCUCCCUUCGCAGCAGCGGCAGGUGGCGCAUGAGGACCCUCCAACGCACCAGUGAUACCACUGAUGCCAGUGAUACCACUGAUGCCAGUGAUACCACUGAUGCCAGUGAUACCACUGAUGCCAGUGAUACCACUGAUGCCAGUGAUACCACUGAUGCCAGUGAUACCACUGAUGCCAGUGAUACCACUGAUGCCAGUGAUACCACUGAUGCCAGUGAUACCACUGAUGCCAGUGAUACCACUGAUGCCAGUGAUACCACUGAUGCCAGUGAUACCACUGAUGCCAGUGAUACCACUGAUGCCAGUGAUACCACUGAUGCCAGUGAUACCACUGAUGCCAGUGAUACCACUGAUGCCAGUGAUACCACUGAUGCCAGUGAUACCACUGAUGCCAGUGAUACCACUGAUGCCAGUGAUACCACUGAUGCCAGUGAUACCACUGAUGCCAGUGAUACCACUGAUGCCAGUGAUACCACUGAUGCCAGUGAUACCACUGAUGCCAGUGAUACCACUGAUGCCAGUGAUACCACUGAUGCCAGUGAUACCACUGAUGCCAGUGAUACCACUGAUGCCAGUGAUACCACUGAUGCCAGUGAUACCACUGAUGCCAGUGAUACCACUGAUGCCAGUGAUACCACUGAUGCCAGUGAUACCACUGAUGCCAGUGAUACCACUGAUGCCAGUGAUACCACUGAUGCCAGUGAUACCACUGAUGCCAGUGAUACCACUGAUGCCAGUGAUACCACUGAUGCCAGUGAUACCACUGAUGCCAGUGAUACCACUGAUGCCAGUGAUACCACUGAUGCCAGUGAUACCACUGAUGCCAGUGAUACCACUGAUGCCAGUGAUACCACUGAUGCCAGUGAUACCACUGAUGCCAGUGAUACCACUGAUGCCAGUGAUACCACUGAUGCCAGUGAUACCACUGAUGCCAGUGAUACCACUGAUGCCAGUGAUACCACUGAUGCCAGUGAUACCACUGAUGCCAGUGAUACCACUGAUGCCAGUGAUACCACUGAUGCCAGUGAUACCACUGAUGCCAGUGAUACCACUGAUGCCAGUGAUACCACUGAUGCCAGUGAUACCACUGAUGCCAGUGAUACCACUGAUGCCAGUGAUACCACUGAUGCCAGUGAUACCACUGAUGCCAGUGAUACCACUGAUGCCAGUGAUACCACUGAUGCCAGUGAUACCACUGAUGCCAGUGAUACCACUGAUGCCAGUGAUACCACUGAUGCCAGUGAUACCACUGAUGCCAGUGAUACCACUGAUGCCAGUGAUACCACUGAUGCCAGUGAUACCACUGAUGCCAGUGAUACCACUGAUGCCAGUGAUACCACUGAUGCCAGUGAUACCACUGAUGCCAGUGAUACCACUGAUGCCAGUGAUACCACUGAUGCCAGUGAUACCACUGAUGCCAGUGAUACCACUGAUGCCAGUGAUACCACUGAUGCCAGUGAUACCACUGAUGCCAGUGAUACCACUGAUGCCAGUGAUACCACUGAUGCCAGUGAUACCACUGAUGCCAGUGAUACCACUGAUGCCAGUGAUACCACUGAUGCCAGUGAUACCACUGAUGCCAGUGAUACCACUGAUGCCAGUGAUACCACUGAUGCCAGUGAUACCACUGAUGCCAGUGAUACCACUGAUGCCAGUGAUACCACUGAUGCCAGUGAUACCACUGAUGCCAGUGAUACCACUGAUGCCAGUGAUACCACUGAUGCCAGUGAUACCACUGAUGCCAGUGAUACCACUGAUGCCAGUGAUACCACUGAUGCCAGUGAUACCACUGAUGCCAGUGAUACCACUGAUGCCAGUGAUACCACUGAUGCCAGUGAUACCACUGAUGCCAGUGAUACCACUGAUGCCAGUGAUACCACUGAUGCCAGUGAUACCACUGAUGCCAGUGAUACCACUGAUGCCAGUGAUACCACUGAUGCCAGUGAUACCACUGAUGCCAGUGAUACCACUGAUGCCAGUGAUACCACUGAUGCCAGUGAUACCACUGAUGCCAGUGAUACCACUGAUGCCAGUGAUACCACUGAUGCCAGUGAUACCACUGAUGCCAGUGAUACCACUGAUGCCAGUGAUACCACUGAUGCCAGUGAUACCACUGAUGCCAGUGAUACCACUGAUGCCAGUGAUACCACUGAUGCCAGUGAUACCACUGAUGCCAGUGAUACCACUGAUGCCAGUGAUACCACUGAUGCCAGUGAUACCACUGAUGCCAGUGAUACCACUGAUGCCAGUGAUACCACUGAUGCCAGUGAUACCACUGAUGCCAGUGAUACCACUGAUGCCAGUGAUACCACUGAUGCCAGUGAUACCACUGAUGCCAGUGAUACCACUGAUGCCAGUGAUACCACUGAUGCCAGUGAUACCACUGAUGCCAGUGAUACCACUGAUGCCAGUGAUACCACUGAUGCCAGUGAUACCACUGAUGCCAGUGAUACCACUGAUGCCAGUGAUACCACUGAUGCCAGUGAUACCACUGAUGCCAGUGAUACCACUGAUGCCAGUGAUACCACUGAUGCCAGUGAUACCACUGAUGCCAGUGAUACCACUGAUGCCAGUGAUACCACUGAUGCCAGUGAUACCACUGAUGCCAGUGAUACCACUGAUGCCAGUGAUACCACUGAUGCCAGUGAUACCACUGAUGCCAGUGAUACCACUGAUGCCAGUGAUACCACUGAUGCCAGUGAUACCACUGAUGCCAGUGAUACCACUGAUGCCAGUGAUACCACUGAUGCCAGUGAUACCACUGAUGCCAGUGAUACCACUGAUGCCAGUGAUACCACUGAUGCCAGUGAUACCACUGAUGCCAGUGAUACCACUGAUGCCAGUGAUACCACUGAUGCCAGUGAUACCACUGAUGCCAGUGAUACCACUGAUGCCAGUGAUACCACUGAUGCCAGUGAUACCACUGAUGCCAGUGAUACCACUGAUGCCAGUGAUACCACUGAUGCCAGUGAUACCACUGAUGCCAGUGAUACCACUGAUGCCAGUGAUACCACUGAUGCCAGUGAUACCACUGAUGCCAGUGAUACCACUGAUGCCAGUGAUACCACUGAUGCCAGUGAUACCACUGAUGCCAGUGAUACCACUGAUGCCAGUGAUACCACUGAUGCCAGUGAUACCACUGAUGCCAGUGAUACCACUGAUGCCAGUGAUACCACUGAUGCCAGUGAUACCACUGAUGCCAGUGAUACCACUGAUGCCAGUGAUACCACUGAUGCCAGUGAUACCACUGAUGCCAGUGAUACCACUGAUGCCAGUGAUACCACUGAUGCCAGUGAUACCACUGAUGCCAGUGAUACCACUGAUGCCAGUGAUACCACUGAUGCCAGUGAUACCACUGAUGCCAGUGAUACCACUGAUGCCAGUGAUACCACUGAUGCCAGUGAUACCACUGAUGCCAGUGAUACCACUGAUGCCAGUGAUACCACUGAUGCCAGUGAUACCACUGAUGCCAGUGAUACCACUGAUGCCAGUGAUACCACUGAUGCCAGUGAUACCACUGAUGCCAGUGAUACCACUGAUGCCAGUGAUACCACUGAUGCCAGUGAUACCACUGAUGCCAGUGAUACCACUGAUGCCAGUGAUACCACUGAUGCCAGUGAUACCACUGAUGCCAGUGAUACCACUGAUGCCAGUGAUACCACUGAUGCCAGUGAUACCACUGAUGCCAGUGAUACCACUGAUGCCAGUGAUACCACUGAUGCCAGUGAUACCACUGAUGCCAGUGAUACCACUGAUGCCAGUGAUACCACUGAUGCCAGUGAUACCACUGAUGCCAGUGAUACCACUGAUGCCAGUGAUACCACUGAUGCCAGUGAUACCACUGAUGCCAGUGAUACCACUGAUGCCAGUGAUACCACUGAUGCCAGUGAUACCACUGAUGCCAGUGAUACCACUGAUGCCAGUGAUACCACUGAUGCCAGUGAUACCACUGAUGCCAGUGAUACCACUGAUGCCAGUGAUACCACUGAUGCCAGUGAUACCACUGAUGCCAGUGAUACCACUGAUGCCAGUGAUACCACUGAUGCCAGUGAUACCACUGAUGCCAGUGAUACCACUGAUGCCAGUGAUACCACUGAUGCCAGUGAUACCACUGAUGCCAGUGAUACCACUGAUGCCAGUGAUACCACUGAUGCCAGUGAUACCACUGAUGCCAGUGAUACCACUGAUGCCAGUGAUACCACUGAUGCCAGUGAUACCACUGAUGCCAGUGAUACCACUGAUGCCAGUGAUACCACUGAUGCCAGUGAUACCACUGAUGCCAGUGAUACCACUGAUGCCAGUGAUACCACUGAUGCCAGUGAUACCACUGAUGCCAGUGAUACCACUGAUGCCAGUGAUACCACUGAUGCCAGUGAUACCACUGAUGCCAGUGAUACCACUGAUGCCAGUGAUACCACUGAUGCCAGUGAUACCACUGAUGCCAGUGAUACCACUGAUGCCAGUGAUACCACUGAUGCCAGUGAUACCACUGAUGCCAGUGAUACCACUGAUGCCAGUGAUACCACUGAUGCCAGUGAUACCACUGAUGCCAGUGAUACCACUGAUGCCAGUGAUACCACUGAUGCCAGUGAUACCACUGAUGCCAGUGAUACCACUGAUGCCAGUGAUACCACUGAUGCCAGUGAUACCACUGAUGCCAGUGAUACCACUGAUGCCAGUGAUACCACUGAUGCCAGUGAUACCACUGAUGCCAGUGAUACCACUGAUGCCAGUGAUACCACUGAUGCCAGUGAUACCACUGAUGCCAGUGAUACCACUGAUGCCAGUGAUACCACUGAUGCCAGUGAUACCACUGAUGCCAGUGAUACCACUGAUGCCAGUGAUACCACUGAUGCCAGUGAUACCACUGAUGCCAGUGAUACCACUGAUGCCAGUGAUACCACUGAUGCCAGUGAUACCACUGAUGCCAGUGAUACCACUGAUGCCAGUGAUACCACUGAUGCCAGUGAUACCACUGAUGCCAGUGAUACCACUGAUGCCAGUGAUACCACUGAUGCCAGUGAUACCACUGAUGCCAGUGAUACCACUGAUGCCAGUGAUACCACUGAUGCCAGUGAUACCACUGAUGCCAGUGAUACCACUGAUGCCAGUGAUACCACUGAUGCCAGUGAUACCACUGAUGCCAGUGAUACCACUGAUGCCAGUGAUACCACUGAUGCCAGUGAUACCACUGAUGCCAGUGAUACCACUGAUGCCAGUGAUACCACUGAUGCCAGUGAUACCACUGAUGCCAGUGAUACCACUGAUGCCAGUGAUACCACUGAUGCCAGUGAUACCACUGAUGCCAGUGAUACCACUGAUGCCAGUGAUACCACUGAUGCCAGUGAUACCACUGAUGCCAGUGAUACCACUGAUGCCAGUGAUACCACUGAUGCCAGUGAUACCACUGAUGCCAGUGAUACCACUGAUGCCAGUGAUACCACUGAUGCCAGUGAUACCACUGAUGCCAGUGAUACCACUGAUGCCAGUGAUACCACUGAUGCCAGUGAUACCACUGAUGCCAGUGAUACCACUGAUGCCAGUGAUACCACUGAUGCCAGUGAUACCACUGAUGCCAGUGAUACCACUGAUGCCAGUGAUACCACUGAUGCCAGUGAUACCACUGAUGCCAGUGAUACCACUGAUGCCAGUGAUACCACUGAUGCCAGUGAUACCACUGAUGCCAGUGAUACCACUGAUGCCAGUGAUACCACUGAUGCCAGUGAUACCACUGAUGCCAGUGAUACCACUGAUGCCAGUGAUACCACUGAUGCCAGUGAUACCACUGAUGCCAGUGAUACCACUGAUGCCAGUGAUACCACUGAUGCCAGUGAUACCACUGAUGCCAGUGAUACCACUGAUGCCAGUGAUACCACUGAUGCCAGUGAUACCACUGAUGCCAGUGAUACCACUGAUGCCAGUGAUACCACUGAUGCCAGUGAUACCACUGAUGCCAGUGAUACCACUGAUGCCAGUGAUACCACUGAUGCCAGUGAUACCACUGAUGCCAGUGAUACCACUGAUGCCAGUGAUACCACUGAUGCCAGUGAUACCACUGAUGCCAGUGAUACCACUGAUGCCAGUGAUACCACUGAUGCCAGUGAUACCACUGAUGCCAGUGAUACCACUGAUGCCAGUGAUACCACUGAUGCCAGUGAUACCACUGAUGCCAGUGAUACCACUGAUGCCAGUGAUACCACUGAUGCCAGUGAUACCACUGAUGCCAGUGAUACCACUGAUGCCAGUGAUACCACUGAUGCCAGUGAUACCACUGAUGCCAUGAUACCAACUGAUGCCAGUGAUACCACUGAUGCCAGUGAUACCACUGAUGCCAGUGAUACCACUGAUGCCAGUGAUACCACUGAUGCCAGUGAUACCACUGAUGCCAGUGAUACCACUGAUGCCAGUGAUACCACUGAUGCCAGUGAUACCACUGAUGCCAGUGAUACCACUGAUGCCAGUGAUACCACUGAUGCCAGUGAUACCACUGAUGCCAGUGAUACCACUGAUGCCAGUGAUACCACUGAUGCCAGUGAUACCACUGAUGCCAGUGAUACCACUGAUGCCAGUGAUACCACUGAUGCCAGUGAUACCACUGAUGCCAGUGAUACCACUGAUGCCAGUGAUACCACUGAUGCCAGUGAUACCACUGAUGCCAGUGAUACCACUGAUGCCAGUGAUACCACUGAUGCCAGUGAUACCACUGAUGCCAGUGAUACCACUGAUGCCAGUGAUACCACUGAUGCCAGUGAUACCACUGAUGCCAGUGAUACCACUGAUGCCAGUGAUACCACUGAUGCCAGUGAUACCACUGAUGCCAGUGAUACCACUGAUGCCAGUGAUACCACUGAUGCCAGUGAUACCACUGAUGCCAGUGAUACCACUGAUGCCAGUGAUACCACUGAUGCCAGUGAUACCACUGAUGCCAGUGAUACCACUGAUGCCAGUGAUACCACUGAUGCCAGUGAUACCACUGAUGCCAGUGAUACCACUGAUGCCAGUGAUACCACUGAUGCCAGUGAUACCACUGAUGCCAGUGAUACCACUGAUGCCAGUGAUACCACUGAUGCCAGUGAUACCACUGAUGCCAGUGAUACCACUGAUGCCAGUGAUACCACUGAUGCCAGUGAUACCACUGAUGCCAGUGAUACCACUGAUGCCAGUGAUACCACUGAUGCCAGUGAUACCACUGAUGCCAGUGAUACCACUGAUGCCAGUGAUACCACUGAUGCCAGUGAUACCACUGAUGCCAGUGAUACCACUGAUGCCAGUGAUACCACUGAUGCCAGUGAUACCACUGAUGCCAGUGAUACCACUGAUGCCAGUGAUACCACUGAUGCCAGUGAUACCACUGAUGCCAGUGAUACCACUGAUGCCAGUGAUACCACUGAUGCCAGUGAUACCACUGAUGCCAGUGAUACCACUGAUGCCAGUGAUACCACUGAUGCCAGUGAUACCACUGAUGCCAGUGAUACCACUGAUGCCAGUGAUACCACUGAUGCCAGUGAUACCACUGAUGCCAGUGAUACCACUGAUGCCAGUGAUACCACUGAUGCCAGUGAUACCACUGAUGCCAGUGAUACCACUGAUGCCAGUGAUACCACUGAUGCCAGUGAUACCACUGAUGCCAGUGAUACCACUGAUGCCAGUGAUACCACUGAUGCCAGUGAUACCACUGAUGCCAGUGAUACCACUGAUGCCAGUGAUACCACUGAUGCCAGUGAUACCACUGAUGCCAGUGAUACCACUGAUGCCAGUGAUACCACUGAUGCCAGUGAUACCACUGAUGCCAGUGAUACCACUGAUGCCAGUGAUACCACUGAUGCCAGUGAUACCACUGAUGCCAGUGAUACCACUGAUGCCAGUGAUACCACUGAUGCCAGUGAUACCACUGAUGCCAGUGAUACCACUGAUGCCAGUGAUACCACUGAUGCCAGUGAUACCACUGAUGCCAGUGAUACCACUGAUGCCAGUGAUACCACUGAUGCCAGUGAUACCACUGAUGCCAGUGAUACCACUGAUGCCAGUGAUACCACUGAUGCCAGUGAUACCACUGAUGCCAGUGAUACCACUGAUGCCAGUGAUACCACUGAUGCCAGUGAUACCACUGAUGCCAGUGAUACCACUGAUGCCAGUGAUACCACUGAUGCCAGUGAUACCACUGAUGCCAGUGAUACCACUGAUGCCAGUGAUACCACUGAUGCCAGUGAUACCACUGAUGCCAGUGAUACCACUGAUGCCAGUGAUACCACUGAUGCCAGUGAUACCACUGAUGCCAGUGAUACCACUGAUGCCAGUGAUACCACUGAUGCCAGUGAUACCACUGAUGCCAGUGAUACCACUGAUGCCAGUGAUACCACUGAUGCCAGUGAUACCACUGAUGCCAGUGAUACCACUGAUGCCAGUGAUACCACUGAUGCCAGUGAUACCACUGAUGCCAGUGAUACCACUGAUGCCAGUGAUACCACUGAUGCCAGUGAUACCACUGAUGCCAGUGAUACCACUGAUGCCAGUGAUACCACUGAUGCCAGUGAUACCACUGAUGCCAGUGAUACCACUGAUGCCAGUGAUACCACUGAUGCCAGUGAUACCACUGAUGCCAGUGAUACCACUGAUGCCAGUGAUACCACUGAUGCCAGUGAUACCACUGAUGCCAGUGAUACCACUGAUGCCAGUGAUACCACUGAUGCCAGUGAUACCACUGAUGCCAGUGAUACCACUGAUGCCAGUGAUACCACUGAUGCCAGUGAUACCACUGAUGCCAGUGAUACCACUGAUGCCAGUGAUACCACUGAUGCCAGUGAUACCACUGAUGCCAGUGAUACCACUGAUGCCAGUGAUACCACUGAUGCCAGUGAUACCACUGAUGCCAGUGAUACCACUGAUGCCAGUGAUACCACUGAUGCCAGUGAUACCACUGAUGCCAGUGAUACCACUGAUGCCAGUGAUACCACUGAUGCCAGUGAUACCACUGAUGCCAGUGAUACCACUGAUGCCUAA